ACCGCUUUUGGCUCUCAUUCACUCGCUUCUCCUCAUUUCUCAGCCAGGUGCUUCGCGGGGCGAGAAUCCACCGAGAAAAAAAAAACGCACACACAGACCGCGGAAACUUCGUUUCCCGUGCUGGAUUUUGCGGAGCGAGUAGCUGUUCUGCUAUCAGCCCAACGGUGUCGUGUUGAAAAAGGGAAAUCUUUCAACUUCACGACAAAGGCGGAAGAAUUACUGGAUUUCCCCAAUUUCUCCAGCUUUUCAGAAGUGGCAUGAUCCGUGUCUGUCUACUUAACAGGUGAAUACAGUUUUCUCUUGGUUGAAGAACUUUGUGGCGUUAUUUUAACAGGGGACUUUAAACGGGCGCCGUGAACAUGUCAAAGCCGGUAGAUCACAUCAAGAGACCCAUGAACGCCUUCAUGGUGUGGUCAAGAGGCCAGAGGAGGAAAAUGGCUCAAGAGAAUCCCAAAAUGCACAAUUCAGAAAUAAGUAAAAGACUUGGCGCCGAGUGGAAACUGCUCUCUGAAUCUGAGAAACGGCCAUACAUCGACGAGGCCAAGAGGCUGAGGGCUCAACACAUGAAAGAGCAUCCCGAUUACAAAUACAGACCCAGGCGCAAACCCAAAAACCUUCUCAAGAAGGACAGGUACGUGUUUCCUCUGCCCUAUCUGGGUGACACUGAUCACCUGAAAGGACUUUCAGUCUCUGCCACGGACAGUCUCUUAGGCUCUACAGAAAAAGCCAGAGCAUUUCUGCCACCAACAUCUGCUCCUUACUCCUUCUUCGACCCGAGUCAGUUCAGCUCCAGCGCCAUCCAGAAGAUGACAGAGAUGCCCCACACGUUGGCCACUAGCUCUUUACCUUACGCAUCGUCUCUGGGAUACCAGAACGGCGCCUUCGGGAGCCUGGGUUGCCCCAGCCAGCACACCCACACCCACCCGUCGCCCACAAACCCCGGGUACGUGGUGCCCUGUAACUGCAAUGCAUGGUCGGCAUCCAGUCUUCAGCCGCCUGUUGCCUACAUACUGUUUCCAGCAAUGCAUGUAUAUCAGAAGAGAGGAAUGGUCCGGACUGUGUGGACAUGAACUUUUCAACAUCUAUGAGAGGUUCCUUGAAUCCCAGCAUGGAUCUUGGAAUAAAUGUAAGGCAGGAGCCCAGAACUGUAAGAAAUGUAAAUGUUCAAACCUUUAUUAUUAUUAUUAUUAUUAUGGCUACCGAAUUUGGAUGGCUUUAAUUUUAUUUAUUAUGUACUAUUUGAUGCUAUAAUAAUGAUAAUUUUGUUUUGACAGUUAAUAUAAUUGUUAUUAUCAUAUUAUUAUUAUUUGAAUGACUUUGAUUUGCACAAUUAACGGUUUGGCCUCAUGUUUCUUGUACAGCUUGUUGUAUCUACCAUUUUUUGGCACUCUGAAUUUCAAAUAAUAUGACUAUAGGCAUUUCAAAGUUGGCCAUUGAGCGUUUAAUAGAUUAUACGGGUUAUUUUAUUUAUGAUGGUUAAAACUUAUCUAAAUUUAAAAAUAUUUAAAAUAACAGAUUUAAAAUAAUUAUCAAUAUCUUUAAUUUUGAUAUUUUAUGUGGUUCAGUGCUAGUCAAUCGUUCAUUUGGUUUGAGAAGAACUUAAAGUUAGAAGCGAAGCAGUUCUUGUUGUGUUUUUUAUCUCCGAUGGUAACUUAAAUUCUGACAUGUAAUUGGAAAGAAAAAUGUAUCUAAAAAGGUGAUUCCUCGAUUCUUUGUUCAUUUGCAGAGCAAAGACAUUUUGAAUAAAGACAAUCUGUCUUAAA